AUAUAUAUGUAUAUAUAUAUAUGAAAAAUAAAGCUAAUAAUAAACAAUGAAUUGAUCUAUACACCGGGAUAGUGUAGAUGUGCUCACAUGUACCCUAAAUAAAAUCUACAAAGCAAAGCUACAUUUAAUUAAUUUUAUCUAAGACUUGAUUUAAGUGAAAAAGAUGGACUCAUUAAAAGUGGCUGUGGUAGAAUAUUUACGCGGUGGCCGAAAUGUUAGCUUGGCCGAGAGUGUACCAUCUGAUAUAAUGCAUAUGGUGGAUCCAUAUUGGUAUAAAUGGCCACCUAUGGAACCUCUAUGGUUCGGUAUUAUCGGUUUCAUUAUCACUGUUUUAGGUAUUAUGUCGUUAACGGGAAAUUUUAUCGUUAUGUACAUAUUCACUUCGUCGAAAUCGUUGCGCACUCCUUCCAAUAUGUUCGUAGUGAAUUUGGCAUUCUCCGACUUCAUGAUGAUGUUCACCAUGUUCCCGCCUGUGGUAUUGAACGGUAUCUAUGGUACUUGGAUUAUGGGUCCAUUUUGGUGUGAAUUGUACGGCCUAUGUGGCUCCUUGUUCGGUUGCGUUUCGAUUUGGUCGAUGACUUUAAUCGCUUACGAUCGUUAUUGUGUUAUUGUUAAGGGCAUGUCAAGGAAACCGUUAACUAUUUCGGCGGCCGUAUUCCGUUUGCUGUUUGUUUGGGCUACUUGCCUAGCCUGGGGUUUAUUCCCCUUAUUUGGCUGGAAUCGUUAUGUACCCGAAGGUAAUAUGACUGCAUGCGGUACAGAUUAUUUUGCCAAGGAUUGGUGGAAUCGUUCCUAUAUAAUUGUGUAUACAGUUUGGGUGUACUUCACGCCAUUGCUGACCAUCAUGUUCUCAUAUUGGCACAUUUUAAAGGCUGUCCGAGUUCAUGAGCAAGCGAUGCGUGAUCAAGCCAAGAAAAUGAAUGUUGCUUCGCUACGCAACAGUGAAGCCGAUAAAGGCAAAUCAGUUGAAAUCAAAUUGGCUAAGGUAGCUUUAGUAACUAUAUCGUUAUGGUUCCUCGCCUGGACACCAUAUGGCAUUAUUAACUGGGCCGGUAUAUUCGAAUCAAUGCACUUAUCACCGUUAAGCACAAUUUGCGGUUCGAUAUUUGCUAAAGCCAACUCUGUCUGCAAUCCUAUUGUCUAUGGUCUAAGUCAUCCCAAAUAUAAACAGGUCUUAAGAGAAAAGAUGCCCUGCUUGGCCUGCGGCAAAGACGAUUCGCACUCAGACGUCAAGACUGUAGCUACCGGUGAAAUUAGUGAAUCAGCGGCGUAAAUACUUCAUAAACAUUAUUUCGAAACGAUGUAUUUUCAUUUAACGUGAUGUGAUAAAUGGCUAAGACUUCAGCUAUGACUACGGAACUAUUCUUAGAUAUAUAUGUGAAUUCAAUAAAAUGUAUUA